CUCAUAUUCUUUUGGAUGAUCUGAAUUAAUAGAAACACUUGGCUGUGACUUCUGUCACUGCCUAAACGGCUAAACCCCCAAAACCCUCGCAUGUUUUUUUCCUGGUAUGCUCCUCCCAUAGACCCCUCUAUUUGCUUUGUCUAGGAGCGUAAGUCAAGAAUGGCUUACAGACGCAGUAGUAUAACAACAACUCGAGCGAAGCUUUUGUACGACCAACAACGAUUUGCCCCAUCAAUUUCUCACAUUCACCGUCACGACGAUGAUCGGAAAAACCCCGAAUCCAGUUCGGAAAACCCUAGACUUUUAACUCAUCUUCGGCACUGUUACUUUGGGAAUAGACUUAGCCCGGGUGUUGGUGUCGCCGGAAUCCCAUUCCAAGACCGGAAAUUUUCUCCUCCUCCUCGGUGGGCCAUGGCUCCCAUUUGGAUGAGGAAUAUGUCGACUAGUGUUGGCGAGGGAAUGAAUAAGAUAGAAUACAUGUCUGGUGUUGCAGAAGUGCUGAGUGAUAAGACUGUUGAAGCUGUGGCUUCUCAAGCUCCCGUGGUGAAUGACGUCGCAGUUGCGGCCGCAGAUUCGUAUUUACCUGUGGCUGCCUUGCAAUAUUUGAUUGACUAUGUUCAUUGUGUUACUGGAUUUAACUGGUGGGCAUCAAUUGUGUGUACGACUCUUUUAAUUAGAUGGUUAACUUUGCCGUUGAUGAUACAACAGCUGAAAGCUACUUCAAAAUUAGCGCUUUUGAGGCCAAAGUUGGAUGAUAUAAGACAAGAGAUGCAAAAUCGGGGCAUGGCUCCAGCAGCUGUAAAUGAGGGUCAGCAGCGGAUGAAGGAGCUAUUCAAUGAACACAAAGUUACUCCCUUUGCCGCCUUUAGGGGAAUUUUUAUACAAGGCCCUAUCUUCGUCAGUUUUUUCCUUGCUAUUAGUAACAUGGCUGAAAAAGUCCCUUCUUUUAAAGAGGGUGGUGCAUUCUGGUUUACUGAUUUGACCACUCCGGAUAGUAUGUAUAUCUUCCCAGUUUUGACUGCAUUGACAUUCUGGAUAACAGUGGAGUGUAAUGCACAAGAAGGAAUGGAAGGAAACCCUUCCUAUGGCACCAUAAAAAAUGUUUCGAGAGCAAUGGCCGCAUUGUCAAUCCCAUUUACUGCAAGUUUCCCAAAGGCGGUUUUCUGUUACUGGAUUACCUCCAAUAUUUUCUCGCUCUCGUAUGGAUUGGUAAUUAAAAGGCCUCAAGUGAAGAAACUCCUCGGUGUACCUAUAAUACCCCCGGCACCUCCACGUGCUGAUCAAAGUCCGGGACUCCCGUUUUUUGAAGCGGUUAAGAAGCUUGCAGCAGCUAAAGAGUACGAAGCGAAACAAGCAGCUGUUGAAGCAACCAAAAGUGCGAGCCAAGAGAUACAGUCAACCGCGGUUCUCAGUCAGAAGGUCAGAAGCUUAGAGAAAGAAGUGAAAGGAAGGAAGAAAGGAAAGAAGAGGCGAUAACUCGGAGAAAGAAAUUACUAUAAUCUGCUUCUUUUUUUUUCUUUUUCUUUUUUUUGAAUUUCCCUAUAGUGCAUAGCAGGCAAAAAAAUGCUGCAUUCUUUAUUAUAAUGGGUGUAGUAGUUAGGUAUUCAAUAAUUUUGUGUUUUUGUUUCUUUCGGGGUUAUAUGUUUUUUCACCACAAUAUACAUGAUGAUGAUGAUGCAGACAUAGGAGUUUCAACAGACUUUCUAAAUUUCUUAGUAAAAUAAGAUUCUAACCAAUAUUUGUUUUAACAA